CGCGACCGGAAGCUGCCAGUUGGCCCCUAACCGAAGCAACAGCUAGCUAACCGAGUGGGGUAUUCAAGGUCGCCUCAAGCAUUUCCCAUAACUAAAUCGACGCGUAAAAUCUGGACAACCUCGGAAUGUCCCAGGACGAGACGUACAUCGAUCGAGCGGAAACUGCGUUCUGCGAAACAGAAGGCGAUGAAGAAACAGAAGCUCAACUUUCCACCUCAGUUACACGGCUUUCAGCAGAAGAUAUUGAUUUAUACGGAUUUUGUCCUGAGAGGGAUUCCUUUUACACGGUAGUAUGUGAAACGUGCCAUGCCAUAGUCAAACCACAAGCUCUCAUUCAGCAUAUGGAAAGCCGUCAUCCUUCUGGUACGGUCGCUUUUCCACCUCCCACAACUCCAGUCGUGAAGCCUCCCGCGAAAACACCUUAUUGUAAAGUGUCCAAGUUGAAAAAGGCACAGCCGUCGCUGCAGAUCAGCGCCGGUAGCAAAAUCAAUCACACGACUGUGAAACGUAACGCGGAGCAGCCGAGCAUCUCAACGAGUUUGUCCUCGUCGUCGAUACCGAUCUCCUCGUCGCCUCGAUCGCCUCUCGAGUCUCUUUCGGUUCAGACGUCGAACUCCAGCGUAUCGGUGGUCGCCUCUAGCCCGGUGAAGAGUCCGGGCACCGCGUGUCAGCCUCGUCGAAAGAGGUUGAAAACCGAUCGGUCCUUGCUCAAGGAUCGCGAGUACGAUCCCGAUCGGCAUUGCGGCGUGUGGAACGACGAGACCGGGAAACCUUGCACCAGGUCGCUCACCUGCAAAGCGCACACGGUCUCGCUGCGACGGACGGUCAUCGGUCGGAGCAAAACCUUCGACAAGCUCCUCGCGGAACAUCGCGCAUCGAAGGAGGUGUCAAAUCGGCCGACGAAGUUGACCGUGACCGGUACAGUCACCUUAUCCUCGACAACGUCCAGCCUGAAUCCCUUGACACCCACCACUCCCACGUUGAUCGUCGAAACGGAAGCACCCAGUUCUCCACCCGUUUUAUCGCUGCCAGACACGUAUCCACUGCCAAAGGCUGUUGAUAUGCUUUAUCGGUGUCUGGCCCCGCAUGGCUCCGCUAAACCUACCAAACUCGAAGAGGAUUUCGCGAACGAAGAGUUGAGGAGUUUGGAGUCCUCGCUGGUGAACUCGACCGGUUCGUCGCAGUCGAGCUCGAUGAUGGCGCCGAUAUCGGUGGUGCUGCCUUCCCUCUCACCGUUGCCAGCUAACAGCGAGGAAGCAUCGUCGGUGGCUACCUUGAUACCGAGUACAGCCUCGCCAGCGAUACCGGUACCAGCAACACUGCCAGCUACUUGCACACAACCAUCGUUGGUCACCACGGUACUCGAGGGUGAAACGCCGAUCGACAUCGAUCCCGAAUCAGCGAUGACCAUCUAUUCGCCGGUUUACAAGGACAAGUCGCAGUUGGUGGUGCAAUUGCCGCGUUUGAACAAUAUCGCGCAUUCCCCUAUAUCGAGGAGUUGCCAACAGGUACCGGCGUCCAUGCCGAGUCUCAUAUUCGAGCCUAUGGAACAGUUGGAGCAGCUGGAACAAUUGGAGCAACAGCACGCGACACAGAUCAACGGAAAGAGACUGAACCACACGAGCCAUUCGAGUCUGGUGAACCAGAGACAGUCGAAGAGAAGCAAACACGACUAUCAGCAAGAGUUGUCUACGGCGAUCCAAGUGGAAGCUACCACAACAUCGUCGCCUUAUCCUCAUUUCGGCGACAUAUCUUGGUCGAACUGUCACCCGGAGCCACUGGCCGUAAGUCGGUGGCUUCGUAUUUCGUCCAGCCGUAAGCAGUAUAACUUUAAUAUUCACUGACAUAAGACCCCACCCACUCCAGGCUGAGGACCAGGGUCAAGCGGCGUUCGUCUACCUCCUCCGUUCUUCGAGAUCCGUUUAUUUUCCUGGUCGCCCUUGUUAGGUCGCCGUCGAACCUAGGUCCGAAGCCUGUCGAGAAGGGGGACAAAGUCUUGAUGAGCGGAACCAUAUAAGUACCCGCCCAUCGAAACCGGCAGCAAUUUCUUAACCUGGAAUUGGGAUGCGUCCUUUGCAUGCUUCUCUGCCGAACAACAUCCUAGAAGGUUAGUUAGCCUUUCGUUUCAUUUCAUUUCUCCCUCGUUGACUUUUUUCUUUCUAUCGUCCCGUCUCUGACGUCGGGAGACGAGGAAGGACGUUUUCUAUGAAACGAGCAAAGGUUUAGGUUUCCUCGACGAUGAUCGAGGAUUAUAGGCAGGCUAAUUGUUAUGGAUCGUUCGAUUUAGGGGAUGUAUUCUUACGAUGGUACUUUUUUUUUUUUAUACAGAAAAGAAAUCAUGAUUUAUAGAAUUAGGUGAAACAUUCCUCGAUUUAAUAUUGACCACGAUCCCCUGAAACGUUCUACGGAUCCGUACGAAGAGCAUCUUGUAUCAACGAUGCUUCCCUUCCGAUGAUUAUAUUUUUCACGACGAAAUGUCACAGAAAGUGAUGCGACAAUAGCAAUGCUAGCCCUUUUCAAGUAUUAUAUUGGCAGUGGUAGGUAGUUUAGGACACCGACUGAUGUACAAUUCCUUUCCACCGUCAACUUUUUUUUACCGAAAUCGCAAUUGAUCGAACUUUGAUCGGCGUGUACAUCCGAACGCGAUUUGUUGAUAGGAAAGGAUGCAAUUUUGUUUUUUCGUUUUCCCGAUGUAGGGGUGCGCGGGUAUCCGGAAAUUCGGGUCGAGAUUUAUGUCGACUGUCGAGUUGAAUUUCGAAUCUCGAGUUCGGGUCCCAAAAUUACGGCUACUCGAUUCGGGUACCCGAAUCUUCGGUACCGCGGGCGCGAAGUUACAUCGAAACGUCCCCGUGAGAAAGGGACUCACUUGAAAUAGACAAAUGACCAGCCAAUAAAUUCGUUGUACAUACAGAACGUUUGUUAGAGUAGUUCGAUUGAGAAAAUGAAAAAAAAACAUUAGUAGAAGUUGCUCGUGCAUUUUCGCACCGAGGCAUCAUCAGUUUUGUAAAUAUACCCAGAGAUCAUAAAUACCGUUGUCCUUUUUGUAAAUAUCUGAGAAUAGUUGGACGACGCACGGAGCGGCCGACGAUAAGGUUUUCGCGCGUAGAAACUUCGACUUAUUUUCCAUGAUCCGUGUACAAAUGGUCUCUCACCUUGUACAUACAUAUACAUAUAUAUAUAUAUCAUAGUAUACAUACAUAUAUUUUUUUUAUCGAUCACGAUCUCUUCAACAUUUUUACGUAUGACACCUACGCGACCUCAGUAAACGUAACGUCGUCGAUUAUUCGCUUUUUGUUUCUUUGAAAAAUUUUUUCUUUCUUCAGUUCUGCUUUUUUGUGUACAAUGGGAUGUGAGAGUGUAACGUGUUUAGUGUAAUUAAUUAAUCAUGGCAGGAAAUCGAUUCGAUCGCUCGCUUAGGAUUCAAAUUUCGGCUUCUGCUCUUUGCAUCGAUCGAUGAGAUUCAUCGAUCUAGAGAGUAUAGAUUGUAUAGAAUUUUAGUAGAGAAUUAGUUAGACUUGAGAUAAUGAAUAAUUGUAUUUGUUCUUUCAUUUCUUUUUCUUUUUUUAAUUGCCGAAUCACGGCAGACGACUUUAGCGAGCCAUAAAUUGUCCCAAUUGUAGGUAGAUACCAGCCAUUGUCCUACCCCCUAUUCCCCCUCUAAGACGAUUUAUUUUUGUAAAACGUGUGUCGGUUCUAAUUUGCGCGGAUCGCUGUUCUCUUCAGCGUUAGGCGACAGGUGGCAUAUAUCUAUACAUACAUUUACGAACUUCUUAUCAUAGAUUGUGAUAUUUAACUAAUUAGCGAAAAUUUAUUCUAAAUCGUGCGUGUGCGUUAGCGAAAGAGGGAGAAAUAUUUGGACGGGCGAAAAGAGGCGGGAUAUAUGAUCUUUGAAGAGGGGAAAAAAGAUUUAUAUUAGGGGUGUGGGAGGAGCCAAAAUCCCUAUGGGAUGGUUGGAAUGGGUCAAAGGGUUGAAUUUGGUAAUAUAAAAAUUUAAAAAAUUGAUAUUAUUUUCUUGAAAUAAUUCUUAUUUAAUUCUACUCUGGAUUGGAAAUAUCUAACCCUUUUGGCACUGUAGGCUAUAGUCUUCUAAUGCAAAAUUAUUUAUUGUAAAAAAAAUUCAUGGUAAAAAUUAAUUUAUUUCUAUUUUCAAAAAACAUUUUUCAACCCAAUUAGACCCACUAUAUUAAAGUCCUCCCAGCCCCUAAUUUAUUUGCGCUUAAUCCGGCUACGAUUUUCGCCGCUCCCGUAGAAAAAAUAAAAUUUCCGCUCUGUGUAUCGUGUUUGUAGCGUUUUCAGAGUUCUAUUGUUGAGUUCUGCUUUAGACGCUGAGGUCUAGUGAGCGAAAUGAAAGAGAUAUAUGCUAUAGGUGAAAAAAUGAAAAGAGAAAAUUAAUUUUGAAAUAGGGAAAAAGACGAGCCGACGAAGGGACGUUGAAUUUCAUUUUGUUACCGCGCAGUAUAAACAUUAUUAUUACCCGCUAUUACUCGAGACGAUAACGUGGUGUCCAGUCGGUUCACCGCCGUGUUUGUACCUUGGAGGAUCGAUGAGACGAUGAUUGAUCGAUAGAUCUGAAUAUAGUGUAAUAUAUGCCUCACUUUGAUCAACAGUAAACGACUAUAUCGCCUUAUAAUCGUAAUCAUGAAUUUUGCCUUAAGACUUAAUUUAGUAACCAUUGAAGACUAUUGUGAGAGUGUUUCGAAGAGUAAACCGUGGAUGUUUGUGCAAAAUGUGCGGGAAAAUUUGAUAAAUUUCAUUUAAAGACUAAAGUUAUUAAAUUUUGUAAUUGGUAUCUUUAGAGAUUGAGAAAUUGAACAUCUUCAUAUACGUUUGUAUAAAUAUCUACCGUUUACUCGUAUUAAUAAACAAUCGAAUCAUCAUCGAUGAAUCAUCGAAUCAUGGCGAAGAAGAGAAAGCAAUAAUGAUUACUGAGAAAAUAGGCAGCGAACCGACGAGACUGAAUCGUUUCCUACGUCCGUUUACUGAUCUUCUCGGCUACCUGAAACCGUGAUAAUUUGUACAUAAAUCGCGUAAGCAAUUACCCAUGUACCUAUGGUAUCGACGAAACCUCUACAGGUAUAUAUUAUAUAUAUACAUAGACACACACACAUACACAUAUGAUUCUAUCGAAGUUGAAGAAGGGAGGAAAUAUAUUGAAAUAGAAGGCGCCGAACGCUUUAGCCCAAGUGUACCUACCUUUAUUGUAUUUGAAGAACUUUACAUAGGUUACAUUUAUGGUACACGUAAUAUGGUGUGUGAAUAUCUCCUGUACAUAACAAGUGCCCCGUGCAUGCUGCGCGAAUAUACGUAUGAUCUUUUUUAGAAUACCUACACAGGUGUACGAAAAUAUUUCAACAGCAGAGUGUUCAUUAUGAGCUGAUAUGAUUGGUCCUCUUUUUUUAUUAGUUUUCGAGAAUGGAUCAUUUCGAGGUACUUGGGUCGAAAAUUGAUUAGUUUAGAAAAUAUUUUAAUUUAGGUUAAGUCCUUCCUGGGAUCAUCCUUGGGUUUAUUGGAGUCCUUGGAUUUUCCUUAGAUUUUCCUUGGAUUUCUUAGGGUUUCCUAGAUUUUCCUAGGGUUUCCCUUAGAUUUUCUUAGGAUUUUUCUUGGAUUUCCCUUAGGUUUUCCUAAGUUUGUCCUUAGAUUUUCCUAGGAUUUCCUUUCGAUUUUCUUCGGAUUUUCCUAAAAUCUCCCUGGAUUCGUCCUUAGAAUUUCCCUAGGAUCUCCUUGAGUUUUGCCUCAGAAUUUCCUUAGAAUCCUCCAGAGAUCCUAGGGUUCCCCAAAACCAAAUUCAAAGCAGUCGUUCUAAUUUAUAUCUGGAUUUCACAAUUUCUUCAACUAAAAAUCUUUUCAGUUAUUCUAAUGUACCCUAAACCUUAUAAUACCUAAUGUAAUGAACAUACUGCUGUUCGAACGAUUUUAUGCACCAUUGUACGUACCACGUGUUAGUGUUCAUCGAUCGAUGUUGUUUUUCAACGAAGUUUCGAGCGGUUCGACGGUGUGCAAUAACAACCGCUAGAACAAUAGUAACAAUAAAGAAACACAGAAAUGCUGUACGCCGACGAAACAGAAAAUCGAUCGAUUCAAUCACGGAUUAAUCAUUCAAAGGAACAGUCCUAUUUUUUUUAAAUUUACUAAGCAAUAAUACAAAUAGUCCACGGUUAAGCGAGUGCACAGCAAUAAUGAUUCUAAUUAUUUCUAAUUAGAUUUCUCGCAAGUAUUAUACAAAGACAUUUAUCGUUGGCUUACAGUAUAAAAAAUCAAUUUCUCUGAUAAAUUAUAAGUUUCGUUGCGUGUUUCUAUGGGAAAAAUGAUCGGGAUUCCUUUUGUACGAAGUUUUAUCGUUUCAGUUUCGGCUUGGAACCGUUCGAGACCCGCGUUAGUAUUCUUCGUUUCUUUUCGAUGGUUAAUUAACGAAUCCGCGUGAAAAAUUGGUGCGUUGGACUCGUGGUGGCUCGCAUAAGACUGAGUACGCUUAGAAACAAGAGAAAAAGAAUAUUGUAUCUUCUCGUCGAAUAAAAAGUAAUCUCUCAAAAAGGUGAAUCAGCGAUGAUUUCUUUUUCUAUUGGAAAUUUAGCAAACGGGGUAGUUUCGCGCGACAGAAGUACGAUGCUUUUUCUUUUUUAUUGUUCCACGUACAAAUCGCUCGUCCGUUUUGUCCGAGGCACUAUCAUUUCACGCGGACGAAUCUGAUAGAUACACGUUAGAACAGCUCUGACUUCGUUCAUGACGCAACAAGAUACAACAAGAUAUACUUUGUGGCAUUUAAUUUAAAUAUACGUUUUAUAUUUAUUUGUAAAUUGAUUUUGUUCAUUCAGUCCGUCACCCACCAUCCGCUUCUUCUUCUUCUUCUUCUAUGUGCGUCUUUGUUCGAUAUUAUAAAAUUGUAAAUUAGAGAUAGGACAUUAUUAGAUUAGAAAUUUUGUGUAUACGUUGCUUGUAAUUGCCUGCUCUGUUUUGAUUAAUUAAUGAACGUUCUUCAUUUCAUAUUACCAUUUUGAUUAUUUCCAAAACUAUAACAAUUAGAAGAAUAUUUUUCAAAUAAAAUACGUAUAAAAAUUGCCGAGAUUAAGAAAACAAUUGGUACAAUUUUGGAUGAUUUUGUUUAUUCGACAGCUACCCUUGUAAGACGCAUAUUGUGCGUCACUAAAUAUAGGAUGAUCCAUGUGACCGUUUGAGAUCAUGGCUCUUUUCUAAGUGCAAUUAGACAAAAAAUAAAUGAUUUAAAAAGGCUUAUAUUAAAAUGCAAUGUUCAUAACAUGAAUAGUGUCAUUAAAGCAACUAUCAUUGCAAAGUCCAUUGAUUAAUCAAAACAGACUGGUAUCCGUUACAUAUCAUUGAUAGGAAGAGAAAAAAAUUAAUUAAAUAAUUAUACAGCUGUUUGUUUCCUCGUAAUUUUUCUGUAUCAUAGUUGAAAAGCUAGAGAAACAUCGCGCAAACAGAGUUCGGUGGCGUACCGUGCUUGAACUUGUUACUUGUACCGUGCCACGUGAAAAUCGAAUUCCAAGCUUGGAAUUAAACCAGCUGAUUGAAAAGGCUCGAGUAAUGCAAUCGCGAUUCCCUAACCACGGUCAAUUCGUCGUGAUUGCGCGUAAUUCGCGAUUCGACGAAAGGGAAGCGAGAAACGCAACGCGUUCCUUCAUCGCGUAUUCUCGACACGAUCGGAACACUGCUUUCCAGACGAAAUAAAGACCGGUCAGGGGAGGCCACGAUUGUUGUUUCGUAGAUGAAACAUUGUUCGAGCAUACGGCGUGCGUAAACGAUCCUCCGCGAUUCUGUGAAAUAAAGCGUCACGUUGAAAUCGAUGGUACAAUGAUCAUUGAAGAGGAAAAGGAUUCUCUGGCAGCUUUUAUUUUUAUUAUCAUCAAUUCGCCAAGUUUUUUCUUAUGAAUCCUUUAAUUAUGUACGAACGCGACGCACCGGGUGCGUCUUGGAGGAAACGAAGAAUUUUAAUUAAAAUAUUAAAUGAUAAUAUUUUAGUAGAAAAUGGAAUAUUAUUAUAAAGAAUUGUCACCAAUUUACAAUGGGACUGCGUUACGUGACGCUUUAUUAAUUUUGCUUUCUGUAAUCGUAAGCACUCCCAAGUUAUUUUCAACCCAAUUAUCCAAUGUCAAAGCGUCAUUUCCUUACAGGAGAAGAAGAAAGAAUCUGCUAGAACGUAAAAUUAGAAAGUAUAUUUAAAAUAGUGUGUCGGUCGCCUUUUGAAAUCGAACGUAGUACACGUUCCUCGACACCUUGCUCCUCACGAAAAAAAACGGGACCGGGAUGGAAGAAAAGAAGAAAUGAAGUUAAGGUUUAAAGACUAGCUCGUAAGAGUACGUAUGUACGAAUUGUGUAAAUCAUUGUGACAUCCUCUCUGGUUCGAUUCACACCACGCGACUGACUUUGUACAAUACUAUUCGAAUAUGCUCGUCGGGUUAGGGACAGAAAUCAUAACGCAAGACAUGUACAUUCUCCGCGAUAUUUAAUAACGAUAUUUUUUUAUUCAUCCUAUUAUAGAUACACAUCUGAUAUAAGAUAGUUCAUACAGGUUUGGGUGGUGAUAUACUUGGUGAUUUUCAAAAUAAAGCUUCAGGACUUAAGAAGAAUAAUAUUGAUCGUCGCGUUUGGAUCCAAUUAUGCAAAUAAAAAUUAAUCUAAAUCCUAAGAUAGGAGUCAGAGAAAUCCAAAGGAAACCCUAGAAAAAUCUCAAGAAAAUCCUAGAAAAGUCUAAAGGAAAUCCUAGGAAAAUCUCAAGGAAAUCCUAGGAAGAUCUAAGGGAGAUCCUAGGAAAAUUUCAGGGAAAUCCUAGGAAAAUCUAAGGGAAUUUCUAGGAAAAUCUAAGGGAAAUCCUAGGAAAAUCUCAAGGAAAUCCUAGGAAAACCUAAAGGAAAUUCAAGGGUGAUCCUAAUAAAUUAAAAUAUUUUCUAAACUAAUCAAUUUUCAACCCAUGUAAUUAGGCGUUGAAUUCUAAAUUUUCAAACUUGAUAACUUUUUAUCAAAAUCAAAAAUUCCUCACAACUCUAAAAUUUAAUUUUCUAGAAAUCCUGGAGGCUUUUUUUAAAACACCCCGUAUAUCACAGUAAUAUAACAUAGCUCAUACCAUUACAUAGAUCUAUGCAUCUUCUUCGACGUUUAAUCGUAUGCAUCGAUUACAGAGUAAUAGAACUUUAUCGCAUCUAAUCAUCUAACCGAUUACACGAGUACUUAGAUCGUGUAAAUCCAACGGAACGAAUGGGAAAUGCAUAAACAAUAACGAUAUUGUUGCAUACCGGGUGUGCCGUGUGCGAAGAUCAUGAAAACGCGUCUAAACGAUCGCUGAUCGUGUGUUACCGUAUUAAAAUAUAACGUUUAACCGGUCGGCGAAUGCUGACACGCGUUCGUGAUCAUAUUUCUCUCAGGUAUUUAGCAUCUUUGUAUCCAACGACAUCUUUCUGUAAUAAAUCAUUCAGACAGUGGACGUGAUACCGGAAGUGCCGUACAGCGGCUCUGUUUCCGUAUUUUCUCUUAGCGGCUUCCACUCGACGCUUCGAUCGCAUGCUCGAGAAACAUUGUAGAUUUUUCAAAUAGCUUACAAGAAUUUUUGCAUCGAGCCGCUUUGAAUCGUAAGGGCUUAGACUGGCGGGAGGAAGUUUAUGGGGUUGACGAUUUAUAAAUACACGAUUCUAUUUUAGAAAUUAUCCGCUAUUCCUCUUGCUAUUCCUGUUAUUCAAAUUUUAACGCUUUCACGAUAUUUCGAGAAGGUUACUGGAUUCAAACUUUCAGAUUUUAACGGAAACAUUCGAAAAUUCCAUAAAUUUCCGCUCGUCGAUCAGCGUGGAAAUUGAAAUUUGAUAAAAACGAGGAAAUUCGUAGAUUAAGGAAAACUCUUCGCUCCUAAGGAACGACUUUUACCUAAGAAUUUUCAUACUCUUAACAUUUUCUGAUUCUCUUCGAUCUAUAAGGAAAUCUUUUGAAAACCAACGAAAACGAAUCCCUCGCGACUUAAUUUUCUCCAAAAUUCUACCAACUCCUCUCUGAUUUCCCUUUCGUCUCGUCACGAGUUUCGUGAAUGAUAAUUACCGUUCUCAGCGUUAAGAGAACCUCCGAUGUUAGUAUAUUUGAUAACACAUUCUUAAAAAAAAAAAUGAUGAGAUUCGUUCGCAAUCAACGAUCUCAGUUUCAUUCGAAGGCGAAACCAAGCAGUAUUAAGAGCGUUCUUCUUGAUCCAGCAAGAAAGCGGGCUUUGCGACGAUUUUCGGCGCGUGUAACGAGCAACCGGUGUUGUUUAAUUAUUUUGAGAAAUGUGAUAUGAAAUUGAGGGGAUGGAUGUUUAUGGAAAAUUAAAGAGUAUGAGAAAGAAAAGAAUGCAGAUGAUUGUGAAAAGAUCGAGACAGUAUUGUUACACCGUUGAUCGUUAUAUGUGCAUAAAUGCUUCGGAAAUAAAUGAAUCCAAAUCA